AUGUUAAGAAGACAGAAAAAAGGCACGAACCGAAUUUACAAUGAUGAUUUCAGUAGUAUAAAUAAAAUAAUAAAAGAUAAAUUUAUAUUUGUAUAUUUAAUAGCAGUAGGAGGGUUUUCAUGUGUAUACAAGAUCCGAAAAAAAGAAAAAGAAAAAUUCUAUGCGUUAAAAAACAUAAAGUUUUCAGCUAAUAUAUUUAAUUAUGAAAAGAAAAUUUUGCUAAAUUUAAGAGAAAUAGAGUGUCUGCAAAAAUUGAAAAAUCAUCCAAAUAUUGUAAGUAUACAUGACUGCUGGUUGGAAGUUAAUGAAGUUUUAUCCAAAUCGAAAAGGAAACAAAAAAAAAAAAAAAAAAAAAAAAAAAAAAACAUUUUUAUCUUGUCAGGUCAUAAAAAAAAAAAAAGCAAGAAAAUAAAAAUCUCAAAAAUAGUAAGCGGGGAAAACCUGAAAAACGUGCAUAACGAGAACAAUGGCGAACGUACGAGAGAUUACUAUCCCGUGGUCAAGUUGCCAAAAAAGAAGAGAAUUAAAAUUCAAAAGGAAGCAUUAAAUUAUGAGGAAAAAAUGGAAUCAGACAAACAUAAUUUACAUGUGUUAAAAAAAAUAUAUAUCAAAAAUGGUGUGUGCAAAUUUUGUAGAAAUGUUAAAUAUUCACCUGAACGAGUAAUAAAAAAAAAAAAAAAAAAAGUCAAAAAUGAAAAUGUAGCUAGCUGUAAUUUUGGCUUACCAUAUUAUUAUGGUCUAUUAUUGAUUAAAAAAAGAAAAAAUUCUCUCUUCAAAAUUUAUAAGCAUACCAGUACAAGAAAUAACUCACUACAAUUAUGCGCAGAUUAUUUGCUUCACGAGAGUUAUUCAGAAGAAAAAAAAUCUAAUCAUUCUGUUGUGAUUCCAUUCAAUGGCGAUAGAAAACUAGAUAAAAAUGUGUACAAUGAGAAAUGUAAUUUAAACGUAUGUUCAUAUAUUUCACCAGUUCUGUCGAGUAAUCCCGUACUUAAUCAUUGUGUACUGAACAAAAAAUGGGAUAUAUCAGAAUGCAUUUACAGUAAGAACAAUACAAAUACACCCAUAGCUCGUAUAGAUGAAAAUAAUUCGACUAGCUUGUUAUUUCUAAAUGAUUUUGAAUAUUCCAGAGGAAUUAAAGUUGAAGGCAGAUUUUUGCCACACACAGAAUGGGAUAAAGAAAGGGAAGAAAUAAAACAUCUCGAAAGUAAAACAAGUAAUGGAAACGCAAAUAACAGUAUCAGUAAUACACAUGUUAGCAAACAAACGUGGUAUUCUUUUCUCAUAUAUAUGGUACGAAGAAAAAUAAAGAAGUAUAAUAAGUUAAGCGGAUGUGUGCUUAUACAAAAGGAGUAUGCUCAAUUAAAUUAUUUCUCGUCCAUUUACUUAAAAACAAGAAUUCCUCCAAAAAAAGUACUAACAAAUAGGAGAAAUGAAAUUAUAUGCAAGAAGAGUAGUAAGCCCAGGGGUAUUAUUAUUUUCCCUAUAAAAAGACAUGUACAUGUGUAUAGAGUUAUUCGUAAUUCGAUAGAUAGUAAUAACAUUUACAAUUUUGAAAAAAUUAAAAAAGUUAGAAGAAUCAUAAAGGCUUCUUUUUCCAAAUAUCGAGGUGCAUAUUAUUUACAUGGUAAUUUUUCUAAAAAUGGUGAAGUUAAAAUAGACAAUUACUUAGAGGAACAUACACUGCCAACAGAUAGUGGCACAUCUUUAUUAAAAUUUAACAGUAUUGCACAAGGUAAUAAACAGAUUAGAAAGGGAGGAAAAGGACCGGUCUCAUGCAUUAAUUACGUUGACGUUUUAAGGGGGAAAAAAGAAAGAAGCAAAGGGCAUGAAAUUUUUUUUUUACCAAAAAAUAGUAGAAAAGGAUUUCAAUUCCUCUCAUCAGUUACUUGUUGUACUCCUGUACCAUAUAUAAAAAGAGCAUUUUUGAAAAAAAAAAUUUCAAAAAAUUUCAAAAAAUUUAUUCAUAAUUUAAUUGCAAAAUUUUUUUUAUUAUUUUUUAAUACAAAUGAGAAAGAAAUAUUAUUAAACAGAUUUUUUUUUUUUUUUUUUAAUUUAAGAUUAUUUAUGAUACUGCAAUGUGUUGUGAAUAGACGCACACUAUGUAUAUAUCGUUACUAUAAGACAAGUAUGAUAAAGAAAAAUAAAUUUGUUUUAUCAAAAGAUUUAUUUUUUAAAAUUUUUUUGCUUUCCCUUUUAGUAAACAUAGAAAGAGUGUUAGGUGAACCCCCCUUUUAUCAUCUAAUUAAACAAAAAAAGGAAAAAUUAUCUUUAAAAAGUGCAAUGUAUCACAUCAGGUUGAUGACGAUAUAUCUACUGAAAAUGUGUAAAAUGAUAAAUACUAGAAGUGUAAUUAUCUUCACGUUGAAAAAAAUUGAAGGAGGUAUUCGAUACAUAGUUAAGUAUGUAGAAGCUCUCAACGAUCAUAUAAGAUGCAUAUUUUUUAAUUUUUUGAAAUGGAAGAGAUUUACACAUGUUACAAAGGGUAAUAGAAAUGGAAUGAAAAAAUUAUCUCUGCCAUAUAUGGUAAAAUGUAGUGAUAGGAAGAGAACUCCAAUUAACAGUCCUAUCGAAGGAAAAAACAGUAAACGACAGGGUCCUACACAAAAAAUAAGUAACUGUGAUAUUCAUGCGUUCUCUAUUGAGGAGAGUAAAAAGAACCAACAAAAUAAACUUAUGAAAAUAUGCCUUAUUCCUCAUCCUUCUAAUGAAGUGCAUAAUUUGAUAAAUCAUCGAAAGAAUUUUUACAAGGAUAAGUUAAGACCCAGUGAAAGGAGCAAUUUUCAUGAAUGUGAGAAUGGAACAACGAAAAGGGGAUUCAGAGAAGAGCUGAACAAAUGCAAUGGUAUUUAUAAUAAAAGCAGUAAUUGUUGUAAAGAGAAAGAAAUUACCACUAGUAGAAGCAGUGGAUGUAGGAAGGACAGUUAUAGUACUCAGUGGAAGAACGACUUUAUGUACCACGAGAAAUUUAUAAAAUUCAACUACAGCGAUUCUUAUUUUGUGCAUGAACUAAAAAUUAUUAUAAAUGACAACGUAGUGAAAAGGAGAAAAUUACCAUAUUACAAGAUCGACAUAUGUUACAACAACUACUACUUUAACGAUCUGUACAAUUACAAGAGAGAAAGAAAGAUGACAAAGGAGCAAUUUAUAAAUAUGAUUUUUUUUAAUGGUCAUAAGGAAUAUAAUAAAAAAAAAAAAAAUCGAAAAUUUGUUACCCUAAUGAAAAAUAUUUCUGCUAAAUUUUUUACUACAUCUGAGAAUGUUUGUUCUAAUGCAUGUAAAGAACUCAAACGGAAGGACAUAUAUAGAAGAAAAAAAUCGACUUUAAGUAGUUGUAACAAAUUUAUAAAGAGAGGUGUCCAAGGGAAUACCAACAUUAGAAAGGGAAAUAAUUGUUAUCAGUAUAGUCAUCAAAGGAGUAAUGAUCAAAAUGGGGAAGGAAAAACAAAUUCGAAAAGGAAUGGGAAAAAAAUGAAGGGAAAGCACAGAAAUAAUAAGAUAGUGGAAGAGAUAAUAAAAAGAGGAAAAUUAUUAUGCAGGUCCAAAAAUGUAAAGAAAGGACUUCUUUCAAAUGGUAGGCGCAAACUUCAAGAGCGCUUCACAUGCAUAGAUGUAAAUUCGUCAGAAAUGAAUUAUAUGUACUGUAAAGGAAAUACAACAGAUUAUUUUGUUCCUUCAUCGAAUAUAUCUAAAGAAGGUAGGUUACUCCAUGAUGGAAUUAAAAAAAAAAAAAAAAAGCGGAAAAAGGAAGUUACCCAUUUUGCAAUUUUUAGUGAUAGGGAAACAAAUAUACUCUUAAUGUUGUUUUCAGAUGGAAUACAGAAUAUCUCUCGAAAGAGCUUGAACUAUCUAAAAAGGGGUUUGACCUAUUUAGGAAAAAUUGGUUCGAAAGCGGUUCGUACUGAGGAUAGAAGCAUAUCUGCGAGGAAUUCCACCAGAUUAGUACUCCAUAGCGACAACUACUACUGCAGCAACUACUUCAGGACCAGCUACUACUACCGUGAUCACUACCGCUCCUGUUCGUGUUGCUACUAUAACUGGCACCCCGCUGUGAUUUUUAUUUUUUUCUUUGUAUCACCAGCACAAGGGGGGGAGCCAGGUUGUACACCGAACAACCUAUUUAGGAAUGUCGAAAAGAUGAUAAUUUUUUAUUUAAUAAAUUACUUAUUGAGAAGAGAAAAGGUAAAUAAAAAGACCCAUGCAGAGAAUGAUAAAAAAAGUCCAACAAAUGAUCGUCUUGUACAACUUUUCUAUCCAUUAAUUACAAAUAACAAACAAGAUAACACGAGGUACUUAUUUAAUUGUAGUAAUAUGUUAAACAUUUCUAUUUUUUUACCUCAACAGUUCAGAAAAAAAAAAAAAAAUGAAGAUAAAGCGCAUUUGAGCUUUAUAAUUCGGAUGGUAUGUAAUCAGAUAAUUUCAUCAUCCCAUUUAUUGCAAAUUAGCAAAGAAAGAAAUAUUUACGGGAAUGCAUUUUUUCUUGAUUUAUAUAUUUCGUAUAGCACUAAAAGAGAGAUAUAUUUGUGCACUUCUGUUAAGAUGUCUAGAUGUAACUAUUAUUACAGUGGAAAAUGUGUAAGAGAUUCUUCUUUUCUAAGGAAGGACUUAUUUUAUUAUUAUAUGUUUGUCUAUCUUUUGGAGGCAACUAAGGUAUACUUUGACAGCAAUUAUGAGUAUGACAAUUAUUGUAGUCUGCUGAAUAAUAUGAAAAGGGAAAUCGUCAGUUAUCAUAUCUAUACAAACAUUUUUCUUUUAUGUGUUAAGAAGUUUUUUAAAAAUUUUUACCUUUUCAACAAAAAUUUUAAGAUAUACCCCUCUGAGAAGGGAAAGAAGCACAAAACGGUGGGGAGUAGUGGCAAAGGAGGUAAAGGUGGUAAAGGAGGAGAAGGGGUCAAAAGCGGAGAUAGUGGAAGUAGCAACACCAGUGGUAGUAGCAGCACCAAUGACAGUGUUAUGUUCUACAUUUCCUGCAUCAAGUUCUAUAAGAUGUUUAUGGUAAGAUUAUACAGAUCCCUACUAUGCCGAAUUACAUAUCACAAGAGGGGAAUAAUGAAGCUUCUAACUCUUGUAGAGAAGAAAUAUUUAAAUAAUUUACAUCAUGCCCUAUUGGUUAAUCUUAACAGCCUAUAUAAAUGUAACUUGUAUUAUUUUUUGAGAGAUACACAAGAUUUAAUGGGACUAUGUACAUUCUUUUGUAAAGGAAAUGGCGGAAAUAAAAUGAUACAACAUUUUCACAAUUUUUUUUUUUCCACUAUUCAUAUUUACAGUUAUUCAAAUAUUUUUAAAAUUAUUAACGAAAGGGUGUUUUACCCCUUUGCAAAUCUUCCUACGGCGUCUUCCUUGGGGGAAAGAGAAAGAGAAAGAGAAAGAAGAGGGAGAAAUAAGUGCAGAUGUGGGAGAAGUAGGAGAAGAAGUGGGAGAAGAAGUAAGUACAGAAGUAGCAUAAGAUGUGAGAGCAGAAGUAAGAGCGGAAGUAGGAGCAGAAGUAGGAGCAGAAGUAAGAGCAGAAGUAGGAGCAGAAGUAGGAGCAGAAGUAGGAGCAGAAGUAGGAGCAGAAGUAGGAGCAGAAGUAGGAGCAGAAGUAGGAGCAGAAGUAGGAGCAGAAGUAGGAGCAGAAGUAGGAGCAGACGCUUGCGCGGUGAGUUCCCAUAUUCGGUAAGCACCCAUGCGACGAAUUAUGACUCUCAUGAGAGGAGCAGAGGCGUAUCAUAUAAGAACAAUUUUUUCAUAAAGAAUUUAAGUAACUUCUUCCUGUACACCUAUCUGAUGAGUAGCGUAUCAGCAGGGGGAAAGUAUUUAAGAGCCAAUAGAACAAUAAAAGAGGAAGAAGAUGUAUAUAAUUUAUUUAUCCAAAUGUUUGAUAAUUCUUUUAUAUACUUUUUGUACUAUAUAACGAAAAUAAAAAAAUGCAAAAGGGUGUAUAACAUAUGUACAGAUUUGUUGUUAUCACAAAUAAAUGAUGAAAUAGGUAGAGAAAUGGGUAAAACCUCUCUUUUUUCAGUUACAUCUAUGAGUAAUCCUAUGUGUUGUGCUAUUAACAUAUCAGCUUUUAAGAAGAAAUUUCUUCAAAGUAAAUUUAUGUGUUGUAAAGGGGAGAACAGGAAAGGGGAUUUAAGUGCGAAGCGUAGUGAGCACACCUCAAUGGGAAAGACCAAUGGAAAGGCUACUGAUCAGACUACGGAUCAUAUUAUUAGUCAGAUUGUUGAAUUACAGAACAACCCUAUUAUAAGCAACGCCGAUCAAGAUGAAGGGGAUUGUGGUGGUACCCAUUAUGCAACUGUUAGAAAUUUAAGUAAUAACCUGCGUAUUUAUCUCUACAACAAGAAUGUUGAGUGCUUAGCCAAAUUUAACCAAUUAGCAAAUUCGUUCUUUGACUACUAUCCGUUGAUUUUUGAAAGACAUGUCGGGUUAUUUAAAAAGAGAAGAGAUUUAAAGAAAAAUGUGCUAUGUAUAUGUGGAAGCGGCAGAAGUAGAAGCGGAAGUAGAAGCGCGGGUAGAAGCGGGAGCUGUGGAAGAAGUAUUUCCUUUUCCUUUUUAGCAAAGAAGAAGAAAGGGGAGAUGGUGAAAAGAAGCGUGUUAUUUAAAACCAACGCGGGUAAUAACAAAAGAGCUUUUUUGAAGAAAAAUAUAAGGAGGUUAGAAGGUGUUUACUUUAUUCGUAAUGUAAGGAAGAUGUUAUCUGAGUAUUUUCCUGUUCUUCACAUUUCAAGGGUUAUCAUCUACAAAAAGAAGAAAAAGUAUACUAUAUUACUAAUAAUUUUAGGGGGCAUGUUUCCUCCUCGUUGUUUUCAUAUCUCUUACAUGAAUUAUGCUUCUUCUUUGUGGAAUAAUAUGUACAGAGAUUUUUUUUCCCUCCUAUCUAGAAACGAAGCACACAUAAGAAACACUGCUGCACAAGUAACAAACAACAAUUACAAUGUUAGCACUUCUGGAAGGAGCAGUUUUCACACUCAAGCGCAUAUACCUAAUCAGGGCGAUAAUAAUAUUAGAAAUGUUUAUUGUGAUAGGAUAAAGGACCAAAAGAGUAGUUCUUCUUUUGUAAAAUUUACCCUCAAGCAAGUGGAGGCAUCUACUAGUGCAUGCAGUUACAACAGAGCGAAGAGAAAGAGACGCACUCGCAAAAAAAGAGAUAUCUCGAAAGAAAGAAGUACGCAAAAAAGAAGAAGUAAAAACGAGGGAAACAAAUACAUGAGAGGAAAAAACGAGGGAAGCCAAAUCGAGGGGAUCAAAAACGAAGGAAACAAAUACAAGAGAAGCAAAUAUAAGAGAAGAAAAAGCAAGGGAAGCGAAAACGAGAGAAACGAAUACAAGAGGAGCAUUGUUUACAGUGUCCAGGAAGCAAAAAAUGAAACAUUAAAUGGUAAGACAGCUUUUGCAAAAAAGUGCAGAAAUGAAAAAAAGAAAAAAAAAAAAUUUGAAAAUUUCUUUGACAACAUUCAGUAUUCAAGCGAAAAGGAGGAUUUCAAAAUUGUUUUCGAAAAUAGCAGUAAUGGUAUGGAAGAGGGAGUACAGAAGGGGAGGAUGAAGGGGAACGCAAUCAGUAAGAUGGUGUUUUAUGGAAUGAGGAUGACCAUGAAAACGACUGAAGCAAAAAAAGUAAGCACACGAAGGGGAAAAAACAUAGCAAUAAGAAAUAUUAUACCUUUGACAAAAACAGGAAUACGCAAAACAGAUAUACAGAAAAGUAGAAGUUUUAAAAGGGUGUACAUUAUUAAGAGUGGCAAGAAAAAUGGGGCUAUUGUUAUAUAUCGUUACGUAAGAACGAAAAACAGUAAUCCAAAUGAGCGUAGAUAUAUAUAUUUACUUUCAUUCAAUGUGAAGAAAGAUUGCAUCUAUUAUGGUAAUUGUACAGAAAUGCAAUUUGUUCCCUAUUCAUGGAAUGGUGUAAGGGUUCACCAUACCCGUCUUUUCGACAAUGUACUACUUGUUAAGGCAUCUACUAAGGGCGAUAACACUAUGAAAUAUAAAUCAAUAUUUAAUUAUUUUGACUGUUUGUAUAACUGCCAUACAAGCAGUCAACAAAAAGUAGUAGAUCUUUUUAACAACGAGCAGAAGAAAAUAGAUAACGAAGAAGUAUAUGGAAAAUGGAUUGAUGGACGUAAAACACAGGACAAGUACCCCUACAACGAAUACAUAGAAACAGUUCUCUCUUCAGAUGAAUUGAAAUAUGGUAAACUGUUAAAAUAUAUGAAAGAUGAGCUACGUUUCGGAAAAAAACCCAACAGUAAAUAUGUGUUCACACCGAACAAUACGCAGCUAGUCAGCAGUGUCGAGAACUGCAGUGUAGGAAGUAGCAGUGUGAGUAGCGAGUUGGACAGCUAUGUAACCAGUAAGCAGUGCAAUAAUGUAGUAACGCAUUAUAGCAAUUCAUGUUGUAUAACCUGUUUAGGAGUUAAAAAUGAAGUGAAUAUGUUUGGCAAUUUUGAUGAUAUAUUAUGUAAUGAUGGAAAUUUAAAAAAGAACUUAACAGUAGAAGCACCUUUGGCAGAUGGUAACUACCAUGGUGUUGGAAGUGCUAAUGAGUUAAGCAGCAGACAUUUUAGUUUUAGCCGCAUUGUUAGCAGCAACAGAGGAGGUAAAAACGUCAAUGAUAUGCACUUAUGUGGAGUACAACCAAACGAUAAGCACUUAUGUGGAGUACAACCAAACGAUAAGCACUUAUGUGGAGUACAACCAAAUGAUAAGCACUUAUGUGAACAGAGAAUUGCUACGGAAGACGGCCAUUAUGUGAGACAUUACAACGCAUCUUUUUUUGUGGAUGACCAUGUUAAUAAAAAGCAAAAAUGGGCUAAAAGAAAUAUUACUCUUAAGGAAGCAUCAGGCGGGUGUAGUGAGGAACGUGAAACAAAGCAGCGCCUUUUAUCUGUAAAGACACACCAACAUUAUGGUAGAACAAAUAGAACAAAACUCAAGGGAAAAAAAUUAAUAAGAAAAAUAUGUCAAAUGAAAAUGAGUUAUAAAGCUAAAUCUAAGGGGGGAAAUCAAAGGACGAAAAUUAGCACAUCCUUAUUUUUCAGUUUAAAGGAGAAAAGAAAAAGUCGUAAUAGAACUUGUUACUGUAAGAAGUAUUGGAACAGCGGCUUCUCAAAAUGGUGCAGCAUUUGUAGUAGUGGUAGAAGUAGUAGUAGUGGCAGUAGCAGAAGCAGAAGAAGUAGAAGUAGUCCUUGUUGUACCACCCCGUGCGAACACGUCCAAAAUACGAAAAGAAGAAAAGCUCUAAAGGAGGAUGAAAAUUUCGUGCAUCCUUCAUUGCUUCACACCAAUACAGAAAUGGUUAGUAGACGUACUACUCAUAUUUAUGGACAUAUGUUAUACAACACAGAGGAGAUAAACGGACUAGACGAUAUUCUACAUAGGAGAACAUUACUCUUAGAUGAAGGAGAAAUGAAGGAAGAAAAACAAGUACCAAGCUCACUACAAAGUAAUAUAUACAUUUCUAAAAUGAAGCUUCUAAAUAAAAUAGGAUGUAUAUAUAACUCUUUCUGUUAUACCCCUUCUAAAGGGUACAAUAUGGAUAUCAUUACUUGUAGUUUAGUCAGAAGCGAAGGGAUACAUGGAUUUAAACUCACAGAUGAUACGAAAUGUAAGAAACGUUUUUUUCAUAAGAAUGAUUUCCCCAAUAAACUUGAUUAUAGACAUAAAUAUGACGUGACAAGGGGGAUCAGAACAAGGGCAGAUAGCUUUAACUUUGCUUCUAUCAUUGGUGUUAAUCAUACAUGUUACAACUGCAUCUAUGAAAAUGAACAGUUCAGAGGAAUACGAAAUGAGGAAGGCUUCAAUGGCAGAGUUAUGCACCUGAAUAUACCUAAUACGUGCCAGUUCAGGGAUAUAUGCGGAAGCAAUAGAGGUAUCAUCCGAAGGGAUGUGCGUUGGAGGUCCACCAUUUAUCCUCUGUGUGAGAAAACGAAGCCAACGCUAGGGACCCUGAUAUGUAAGGCAAAGUUAAACAGAAAGCCUUACAACUUAAAAAAAGAAAUUAGAAAAAAAGGAGAGUGGAAAAAGGGGCUACUAUGUAACCCUUUAAAUGUAAGAAAGAAGGAAAAUAGGAAAAUAACUACUAGUAUUUAUAGGACGAAUUUCAAACUUUAUUUUUUACACCGAUAUAGUCUGUUAAUGAAAAGGAAAAAGACAGUAAAUAUAUACAUGCUUCAAAAUUUUGCAAGGAGUAGUAGUUCACCCAUUGAACAGAUAUGUGCCAAUGAAGCGCAAAUUUAUGAUCAACAUAAACUCUGCUACAUUAGGGAAUGUGAGGAAAAAAAAGUAAUAAAUAAAAAAAUAAUAAUAAUAAAUAAAAAUAAGCGAAAAAAUACGGUAUAUAUCUAUCUUAGAAAGAAAUAUUUAUUUUUUAGAAAUACCUUCUUACAUACAUCGGAGUGUAUCCAUUGUUUCUUAAAAAGUUGUUAUUUCUACAAGAACGUAAUUAUAAAUUACAUUCAUCCAUUGGGUUAUCCGCCUUCCAUCCUGUACAAUAGUUUUAAUCCGUUAAACGAUCGACUAUUUUAUUCAAUGCUAAAUUGGGAGCCUCUUGUAUUGGGAAGAGGUGGAAACGGGUUCACUGGCGUCGAUGGAAAAACAUGUAGCAGAGAAGGAGGAGCCAAGAAUGACGACCAGUCGUCUUCCAAUGUAGCUUCUAAUGUAGCUUCUAAUGUAGCUGCCAAUCUUGUAGCUAAUGUAGCUUCUAAUGUAGCUUCUAAUGUAGCUUCUAAUGUAGCUUCUAAUGUAGCUUCUAAUGUAGCUUCUAAUGUAGCUGCCAAUGUAGCUGCCAAUGUAGCUGCCAAUGUAGCUUCUAAUGUAGCUUCUAAUGUAGCUUCUAAUGUAGCUUCCAACGUAGCUGCCAAUGUAGCUGCCAAUGUAGCUGUCAUUUCAACUUCCAAUCGAAAUAUCAACUGGAGUAACAAAUCAAGUGCUGUUGUGCGUGUCGAACAACUAGACGACAAGAGUCGCUUUCACAAAGGCAGCCAAGAAACCGAGGGGAGUAAUGCUACAAAUUACUUGUACAGGAAAAUAAGAAACAUUUUGCAUAAAAGUAAAGGGAGGCUGCUUUGGGGAAAGCACCGAAACGGUAAGAACGAAAAUAAAAAUGAAAAUAAAAAUGAAAGUAAAAAUGAGAAUAAAAAUAAAAUAAAAAGUGGAAACGAUAGUGAAAAUAAUGGCAUAUACAAAGGUAGGUGCAAUAAUUACUGUAUGAAGUCCCUCCCUGUAGAAACAAAUAAUACACGUGGUAAAAAAGGAGGUCUUAAAAAUGGAAAAAAAAAGUAUGUGUUCAAUUUAUAUAUUAGGAUGGAAUACUGCAAGAAAACCUUAGAGAGUUAUAUAAGUGGAAGGACAUAUAUGAAUUUUAAAAGAAAUAAAGAAAUCAUUCAUAUGAUCGUCAUAGGUCUACAUUACAUCCACAAAAAUGAUAUUAUGCAUCGAGAUUUAAAACCAUCCAACAUAUUUAUAUGUAACAACAACAUAGUUAAAAUUGGGGAUUUCGGAUUGGCUUCAUACGAUGGAAGCGACAGAAUGAGGAGCACGAUAGGCAGUAGAAUAAGUAGCAAAUUCACAACCCAUAUCAACGGAAGAUGGGGAAGCAGAGGAUGCGUUAGCGUUUGCAAAGAUCAUGGAAGGGGGAUUUCCCCCAAGGAACAAUGUGGAACACAUGCUGGUGAUAAAAAUGUAAUUAAUAAAACGAAUUAUAAGGGGGAUCCCUUCAGAUUAAGAAAUGGAAUGAUUAAAAAACCACCUAGUAGGAGCACAUUUUAUAAGCGUACAAUAAUAAUAGAUGAAUCAAAUGGAAAAGAUGAUAUUACAUCUACACAGUUAGAACAGAAAGAGACUAUGGUAAUGCAUGACAACGAUAAAAAAAAUGCUUUUGGAGAGUUCAAUUUUACCAGGGAUAAAAAAUAUACUCAUCCAUAUUGCGAAUAUAUAUAUAAUUAUAACUUACACAAUAGAAAAUGUGAUAAUGAUAUUUGCUUGGCUCCUAAUUCAGAAUCAUAUAACAACAAAACAGAAGAGGGUAAGGAUCUAAUGAAAUCUUUAAUUGCUUUAUAUCAAUCGAAUGAGCUGAGCAUUUCAUCAUACAGUAACCAUCAUUUGAAGGAGUCCAAAAGAGGAGAAGGUUAUAAUUAUGUAGAAACAGGCCCUCUACUGUGUAACAAAAUGGAUAAUGCAAUAAGAUAUUAUUAUUGCUGCUGUAAAUGCUACCAUGGUCAUUAUCAUUGUUACUGUUACUGUUAUUACUACUACUAUUACUACUACUAUUACUACUACUAUUACUACUACUAUUACUACUACUAUUACUACUACUAUUACUACUACUAUUACUACUACUAUUACUAUUACUACUACUAUUACUAUUACCAUUACUAUUACUUUUACCAUUACUAUUACUACUACCAUUACUAUUACUAUUACCAAUAUUACUCCCUUUUUUAUCUUCUUAGCAAGAGCAAAGCAAAUUCCACCAACGAUUACGGCACUCUACGUAGUACUGAUAUUAAACCACUACUUGCACACAAGGAAGAUAACUCCACUCACCCUUUUGUUUCAAUUCAAUAUGUUAACGAAAAUAAAAGGAGAAUUUCUUAUUAUAAACAUGUAUAUUAUAACAAGAAGAAGAGUACUAACAAAAAGGGGAUAAUGAAAACCUUUUUUCAAACGGAUAAAAUAAAUGGGAAUAACUGGAUGCUGAGCAAUUAUCAUUAUGCAAAAGAUGCCAAUGGAUUGUUAGGAGGGAACAAAAGGAACAACGAUAAUGAAAUAAACUGGAAAGGAAGCAUAGAACGUGUCAGUAACAACAGCAAUAGUAUCAGCUGUAGAGAUAUCUGCGAGCGCGGAGGUGGAUGUGGUGGUUGUUGUACUGACAAGAGGGGGAGGACCUCGAACUCUUUCACGGUGAUAACACGAUUACCAUCGAACUAUCCUAAAAAAUACAACAAAAAGGAUAGGAAUUAUAAAAAGGAAAAAGCAUAUUUGAAAAAACAGCAACUUUCCUCGAUUUUUGGAAAUACGAGCACUAAUCAACAGUUCAUAAGUAAGUAUAACGGUGAAAACAAAAAUAAAAAUUGUAAAAAUGAUAAAAGUGGAUCAAAAGAAAGACCAAAAAAAAGUAAACCUAAAAAUGGAGUUGCAAAAAUGGCACAAUGCGAAAAAUUCGCCAAGUUGGAAAAUUAUUGUCCUUGUCAUAAAAUGGCUGACAGGUCAGCAAAAAAUAAUUUAAAAAAUACUGAGGGCGAAUCGUCUUAUCAUACAUUAGGGAUAGGAACAAAAAUGUACUCAGCACCUGAACAGUUAGGAGGACAUAAGUACACAAAAGCUGUUGAUAUGUUUUCUCUUGGAUUGAUUAUAGUCGAUUUAUUUACCAAAACUGAAACAAACAUGGAAAGAACGAAAAUUUUAUGUAAUGCCAGACAAAGAAUUUUACCUGACAUGUUAAUAAAAAAGCAUCCGGAUGUAGCCAAAUUAUGCAGAAAUUUGUUAUCUCUUGAUUAUAAAUCCAGAUUUACGUCUGACGAAUUGUACAAUAGGAUAAUAUCAGCAGGAAAUGUAUUUUCCUCCCUCAGGUCGUGA